AUGAGGUCAGCGGCCGCCGACAGGCGACUGCUCGUGUUUUGUGCGUGCGCUUGCUGGCUGGCGUCGCCCACCGUCAGCCAGGAGGCCUGGCGCCGUCGACGUGACCAGAGCGCGGCGCCCGCUCAGUUCUCCGGGGAGAGACGCAAGGCGGCGCCACUCGCCGAAACCGACCUGCUCUGGGACCCGCUUCUGUACAAUAUGUUCGAGGUGCUCAUCUCUUCUCUGGACAACAAGUUCAAGCGCGUCGACACGAUCGAGAGGGCCAUCCACAUGGUGAUGCGCCACAUGGAGAUCAUGGACGGCCGGCUCCAGGAGAGCAACAACAUGACGGCCAAGAUCCUCAGCAGAGUGGAGCGGCUGGAGGAGCAGCUGAGCGGCGCCGGCGCCAGCCCCGUGCUGCGGCCGACGGCACGCGUGCAGCCGCCGCCAGCCAGCUCGCGCAUAGAGCAGCAGCUAGAUGCGGUGCAGGAGCGCCUGGACCAGUUGCAGCAGGCGCUGGACGGCCUGGAGACGCAGGCCGCGCCGGAGCGCAGAUCGUCGUCGCAGCGGCAGGCGGCCAGCGCGCGCAACGCGCACGAAGCGGCCAGCACGCGCUCCGCGCAGGUGAAGCGCGCGCCGGGUCGCGGCCGCGGACGCACCACGCAGGACGUCUCCCACCAGCUGGUCAAGGACGCCGAGAAGAUGGUGCAGGUGGUGAACGAGGUCCGCGGCAAGGUGGUGGCCAUGGACACCAAGCUGAACUUCCACAUGGGCCAGAUGUCGGACAACCUCUCCGACGUCAUCAAGUCCGUGUCGGCCGUCUCCGGCGUGCUGCUGGAGGAGCCGCGCGAUAACAGCACGGCGCCGCGCUCCAAGCUGGACGUACUGGUCAACAAGAUACAGCCGCUGAUGGACGUCUCGUCCAAGAUGGACGAGGUGUGGAACGUGGUGGUGGGCACCAAGUCCUCGAUCGAUGACCUGGUACCCAAGUCCGACGAGCUCAUCCACACGACCAGCCGCCAGGAGCGAGCAAUCAACGACAUCCACAGCGACCUGCAGGAGCGCACCAAGCAGAUCAUCGACAACCUCGGCAUGGUGGAGCAGCGGCUCAACACGCACGGCGGCUCGGCGCGCGGCCACGCCGACGGUGGCGCCGCUGACGAGAAGCAGCGCGUGACGACGGGCGUCUACGGCGUCGGCGGCCGCGCCACCGACAACAGCAAGCGCUUCAUCCGCCCGGUGGCCUUCCCCACCCGGCCCACGACGGCCACGGCACCGGUCAGCCGCUCCCGGCUCGACAAGGAGGCUCCAUUCGACCUGCUGGACCAGCAGUUCCUGGAGGCGUUCAAGAACUACACGGCGACCGAGCCGGCGACGACUGCGGCACCCGUGCCGCGCACGGGCAACCGCGGCCGACCCAACGGCAUCGUGUUCCCGGGCCGCGCGCCGCCCGCCCGCAACAAUUCCACCUUCGCCUUCAUCGGCAGCGAGCAGGAGCACAUCAACAUCGGGGGUUACUCGUGCGAGGAGUUCCGCGAAAAGGGUGUCAACAAGUCCGGCGUGUAUUACCUGCGGAUCCACGGCACCAGCUACUGGUACCUGCGCGUCUUCUGUGACAUGGACACGGCCGGCGGAGGCUGGACGGUGGUGCAGAGACGCGACAACUACGACGAGGCCGAACAGCACAGCUUCAACCAGCCCUGGGAGGAGUACAAACAGGGAUUCGGCAACCCCACCAAGGCUUUCUGGCUCGGCAACGAGAACAUCUUCAUGCUGACUAACACCGAGGACUACCAGCUGCGUAUCGAGCUGGAGGACUUUGACGGCGAAACGAGGUACGCUCAGUACCGGAACUUCAAGAUGCACGGCGAGAAGGACAACUACAAGCUGGAGAUCGGCGGCUAUGAGGGUAACGCCGGGGACUCGAUGAACGACCCCUGGUACGGCAGCAAUCUGAGCCCGUUCUCCACCUACGACAGGGACAACGACCGAUCAAGCUUGAACUGCGCCAGCAUGCUGAAGGGCGGCUGGUGGUGGCGCUCCUGCGGCCGCGGCCUCAACGGCCUCUAUCUGACUGACCCGAACGACGUCAUCGCCCGGCAAGGCAUCGUGUGGUACCGCUGGCGGGGCUGGGACUACUCACUCAAGCGGUCCGUCAUGAUGAUCCGGCCCAACCGGCGCGCGACGCCCGCCAGCGCCGCCAGCGCUGCCACCGCCGACACCGCUUGA